AUGUCACUCGCUUGGCUUCGAAACCAUGCACGGAAUCGCCAUCGCGGUACAACUAAGACUUACCAGCGUCAUGCAGCGCAACGAGCACAUCGCCAAUUGACUAGUGCUCAAGCGUAUGCACCUCGUGUCGCUUACGAUAAUUCGUUCGUAGCAGACAGCAGUGUCACUUCCCGAGAUGCCGAUUGGACGAGCGAGGAACAAUAUAAGCGCCAAUACUUCCGUCUCGGCUGGGAAAUAACACCAAUCCGGAAGGAUGGCAAUGGUCUCUUUCGAAGUUUAAGUGAUCAGCUCUACGGACAUGAACGACGUCACUUGGAGCUCCGUCGGCGUCUCGUGGACUUUAUUGAUCUCGAAUGCGCUUUCUUCGAGCCGUUUGUAGUUGGCGAAGGAGUCGUCGAGUACUGCUCGCGACUUCGUGAAGCAGGUGCGUUAGGAGGCCAUCCGGAGCUUGUCGCCGCGUCUAGACUACUGGGCAUUAACAUCAUCGUGCACACUGGUCCUGUCAAGCGAUUGCAUAUUGAUACGGAUAGAUACGCGAGGACUAAGGAAGGUAAAGGCAAGACGAUUAACCUACUGCUCAUGGACGACCACUACAUCAGUCUUCGCAAGAGCGGGAGAUCUUUUCACCGACAACAUGGAUGUUCAGAUACGUGCUUGUGCAAGCGAAUUGUGACUCCAUCCAGAGCUUCAAUCAACUUCCGCGCAUCUCUCGAUGCCCGCUCGUCAGAUAUAGGUUCGAGUUAUCAUGGUCAUCGUAGCUUGGAUACACGCAGCUCCCUUGGGGAUCAACCUGUUGGUAUCGGAUCAGAAAAGCGUAGACGAGCUCCGAUUGUUAAGGGUGCCUACGGACGCAAGCCUGUGCCAGACGCAGACACCAGUAGCGACGAGGACACAUCUGUGUGCAAGACAUUACAAAUGACGUCGGUCAAGCCAAGGUCACGACCACCUCCUCCACCAGAAAAGCGCAAACGUCCGGCAUCGGAUACUUCAUCUUACUCUAUGCCAGCCAAGCCAAAGACCCCAGCUCCUACUGCGCCACCUGCCCAGUCUAACUCUCUCGUGCAUGCUGCAAGUAAACCAGAAGUUGUAGCACCAUCGGCUCAAGUACUAUCAACUAGGUCACAACCUCCGACUCCUGUGCAACCCAAGGCAGCAUCAUUCCGUACGAAAACUUCCAUGACAACUUUUGCAGCGAAAGCCAAGAGCCCUGGUGUGGUGCUAUUCCAGCCGGAGUCGUUAAAGCCUGUAAAGCCUAGGGCUCCGCUAGCAGUGUUGUUCGACCCUGAGCAGGCUGCUGCAUCUAAACCAACAUCAACUACAGUGUUCACAAACACAACAGUGGACACAGCAACGCCCAUAAAGCCUACGUCGGUAGGAGCUCUGGAGGAACCCGAGAUGAGAUCGGAAGACCGCGCAAAAUUGCCUCGGUAUGGUGUACACCGGCCGCGCCGUGCUGUCUUCAACGGUGGAAAACGUCGUCGGUCUAGUGCAGCUGCCCUAUCCUUGUUGCAGGAGGUCUCGGCAAGCUUAAACACCACUACUUCUGAGCCAGUGAUCACUAACGCCAAGCCGCUGGUGACCACAAUCAAACCAGCCGUUACGGUUAAGCCGGUGGUGACCACAAUCAAACCAGCCGUUACGGUUGAGGCGGUGGUGACCACAAUCAAACCAGCCGUUAUGGUUGAGACGGUGGCAACCACCGCCGAAGUUGUUCCUGCGGCCAAGCCGAGCCCGCGAACACCACGCUCCAUGGAGAUUAAAAAGUCAAGCAAAAAAGUGUUUCGUCAAGGUCGCCUCGUGGAAGCGCACUGA